AUGGCUUUGUUCGGGCUUUUGAUUAAUCUGAUGGUGAUGGCUUUGACAGUCCGGACAGGAGCUCGUGAGCUAGCUGCAGUUGAGGAGGCUCGUCAGAUAACAGACAUAACGCACGCUCUUCGACAAGAUUUACCCGUGUGGGAUUCCAAGGAGGGACUCGGAAAGGUUGUAAGUCUCGUCGCAAGUAUCGUCAAUGGAUCCCUUGUCAAUGUCUCGGAACUCAAGCUCAUCGUGCACACUGGAACACAUGUUGAUUCGCCAAGCCAUUUUCUCCAGAAGGAUUUCCUGAAUGGAGUCGACACCACCAACAGUCUCAAGCUUGACAUCCUCACUGGACUUGUGCUUGUGGUGGAGACACCGAAGGAUCAAAACAUAACAGCCGAGGUUGUCAAGAACGUCGUCCCCUCUGGAGUUGAGCGCGUGCUAUUCAGAACACUGAAUACAGAACGGAGGCUCAUGUGGAAGCGAGAGUUCACGUCGGAUUUCACCGCACUGACCAAAGACGGAGCAGAAUGGAUAGCUCAGAACACAUCCCUUAAGCUCAUCGGACUCGACUACCUUUCCGUCGGAGUUUACAACGAGCCGGAUGCGACGCACAAGCCCCUCCUGAGCAAGGGAGUCGUACUCGUGGAAGGAUUGAACUUGGACAACGUUCAAUCCGGUUUCUAUACGCUGAAUUGCCUUCCAGCAGCAUUAAUCGGCUCUGAUGGCUCGCCUACUAGAUGCAUAGUAACUAAAUAACAAAACGAAGAAUG